AUGGCUUCCGUAACGGAAAAGGUGACCGAAGUCGCGCAACAGGCGGCAGAGAAGAUCAAAGACACCAGCAUCGCCGAAGGUGUGAAGGAGAGCUUGAUCGGCAGCGAGUCGGAGCCGCCUGCCUCCCAGCAGAUCAGGGCCGAGUUCAGCAAGCAUGCCAUCAAGGAUGAAGAGACAGGGGAGGAGUACAUGACCCAGAAAGAGUUUGUGGACGCCAUUGCGCCAGUUGAGGAAGACUACCUUUGCGAAGAUGAUGAGAUACCCAAGCCAACACCAAAACAGCACAAGAUCAAGCGCGACCAGUACAAUGUGCUGUUCCAGAUCGCCGACCGCCGUCGCGAGAGCCGCGUCAACCUACAAGACUGGACCGUUUUCAACAACCUGCUUGCGAAGCCCGACGCAGAGUACGAGAUAGCAUUCCGCCUCUUCGCCGACUCGGAGACUGGGUUGGUGGACUUUGAUGUGUUUAAAGAGGUGUACGCGCAGAACAAGACAGGCAUGCCCUUUGACUGGGAUAGCGACUGGGCCAAGCUGUAUGUCGGCGGCAAGAAGAACAGGCAUGCCAUGACAUACCCACAGUUCACGCAGAUGUUGCGCGGUCUGCAGGGAGAGCGGGUGCGCCAGGCGUUCCUCGCUUACGACAAGAACGGCGACGGCUACAUCGACCCGCAAGACUUCCAGCGCAUCAUCAUGGAGACAGCAUCGCACAAGUUGUCCGACCAUGUUCUCCAGAACCUGCCUACCCUGUGCAACAUCAGCUCAGGGUCCAAAAUCAGCUAUGCGAACGUGCGUGCCUUCCUGAACAUCAUUAGGGAGAUGGACCUGGUCGAGCUCGUAGUGCGCAACGCAAUCGCCAAAUCGCCCGACGACCAAAUCACGCGCGUGGACUUCCUCAACGAAGCAGCGCGCAUCACCCGCUUCACCCUAUUCACACCUAUGGAGGCGGACAUCCUCUUCCACUUCACAUCUCUCGAUCAGCCCUCCGGCCGCCUCGGUCUGGCAGACUUCGCGCGAGUACUAGACGCCUCCUGGCACGCUCAGGUCAACAUCCAGCAAUCCGCCCAGCAAGCCAUCGCCAACCACGCACAGAGAGCGCACGCCGAGUCUGAGAGCUGGAUCCACGAUGUGCUGGUUAGCGCCCACCACUUCGCGCUUGGUUCCCUCGCAGGUGCAUUCGGCGCUUUUAUGGUCUACCCCAUCGACCUGGUCAAGACGCGCAUGCAGAACCAGCGCAAGGCAAGAGUCGGACAGCUCCUCUACAAGAACAGCAUAGAUUGCUUUCAGAAAGUCCUCCGCAACGAAGGCGUGCGUGGGCUCUACGGCGGUGUGCUGCCCCAGCUCGUCGGUGUCGCACCAGAGAAGGCCAUCAAGCUUACUGUAAACGACCUGGUCCGCGGCAAAUUCACCGACAUCAAGACUGGCGCCAUCGACUGGCGCGCCGAGAUCCUCGCUGGUGGCUCUGCCGGCGCCUGCCAAGUCAUCUUCACCAACCCGCUCGAGAUCGUCAAGAUCCGUUUACAAAUCCAAGGUGAAGCCGCCCGUGCCGCCUCUCGCGAAGGAGAAGAAUUCACCAAACGCACUGCCAUGUGGAUUGUGCGCAACCUCGGUCUCGCCGGACUCUACAAGGGCGCCUCAGCCUGCUUACUCCGCGACGUGCCAUUCAGCGCCAUCUACUUUCCAACCUAUUCCCACCUGAAGCGCGACUUCUUCGGCGAGUCCCCAACGAAGAAGCUCGGCGUCAUCCAGCUCCUCACCGCGGGCGCCAUCGCCGGUAUGCCCGCCGCCUACCUCACCACUCCCUGCGACGUCAUCAAGACCCGUCUCCAGGUCGAAGCGCGCAAGGGCGAGACGCAGUACACCGGCCUCCGCGACGCAGCGAAGAAGGUCUGGGCCGAGGAGGGAUUCCGUGCGUUCUUCAAGGGUGGACCGGCGCGGAUCUUGCGUUCGUCGCCGCAGUUCGGUUUCACGCUCGCCGGGUACGAGGUGCUGCAGAACCUGCUGCCGUUGCCGGGCGAGAGUAAGAUGGAGGAGCCGACUCCGCCAGUGGGUGCUGGGCUGCCGGGCGCCCAGUCCCCGUUGCCGUUUGUGAGGAGUCGGAAUGCGUUGAAGAUCAUCCUCGAUCUGGAUCUGGGGUUCGGCAGGCUUAGAAAGCCAGUCGACCAAAAGCCAGCGAGCGGCAUCUUCGGCUUCGGUGGUUCUCGCGGCGGCGCUGCUCCUGCACCCGCUGCUGCUCAGGAUCCAGCGAAGUGA